CCCCGGCGCGCUGUCCCGUCCCCGGCGGGCGCAGGCGGCGCAGCGCUCGGAGCGCGGCGGCUCGGCCAUGGUGGGGCGGCUCAGCCUGCGGGAGGUGCCCGACCUCCCGGACAUGAGGAAGAGGGGCGACGCGGGGCUCGACAGCCCCGACUCCGGGCUGCCCCCCAGCCCCGGGCCCGCGCCCCCGCCCUGGCUGCUGGCCCCGGGCAGCCCCGACCGCGCCGCCAACGGGCUGAGCGACCCCGACCCGCCCGCCGCGAACUCUGUGUUUUCUGCCAGCCCUAUUCUCUCCAGCUGCACUCCAAAAUUGUGUCCCUUAUCCUUUGGCGAAGGAGUUGAGUUUGACCCUUUACCACCGAAGGAAAUAAGGUACACGUCCUCAGUUAGAUAUGACUCGGAGAAGCACUUCAUUGACAACGUCUAUAUGCCAGUGGGCUUAAGCAUUUCUUCUUGCAGUCAGACGGUCGUCUGUGUCCCCAACUGCACGUGGCGCAGUUACAAAGCUGAGAUCCGCUUUGAGCCCCGCAACAAGCCCCAGCGCUUCACCAGCACCACCAUCAUCUACCCGAAGCAUGCCAAGACUGUGUACACCACCACGCUGGAUUACAACUGUCGUAAGAGCACACGGCGGUUCCUCUCUAGCGUAGAGCUGGAAACUUCAGAGUGCCUUGGGAACGACUCUGUUCUGGAUGGUUGCUGACUGAUGGCUGUCUCUCUUGCUCUGAUCCAUCCCAGUCCCAUCUAUAACGUACUGUGCUAACUCCACUAGCUAAAGUGGGUACAGACCCCCUUUCUCAGCUCUUAAUUCCUGCUUUAAGCAUCAGAAUGGCCUGAAUGUGGUUUUCUGUGGGAACGUAACUUAGUAAGGAACUUGUUUCUUUGCUUUUAAAGUGUUGAGUUCCCUCCCCUUCCCCACAGUGCAGUAAUCAGAUGAAAAUAACGGGAAGUAUUUUCCCAGAGAAAAAAUUGACCGAUAAGAGAGAAUGAUAUCCAUUUUGGUGGACAUCCAUUUGAUGCUUUGUGAUGAUGUGCAAAAAUAAGGGCGGUUCACUGUCUUGCAGAGAAUCGACCAGGUCAUUUGGUUACAGAUAGCCAGAGCUGUCAUUCACUUUGGUUCAGAUCGCGAGACUGUUCUCUCUAGCAAAGCCGUCUCCUGGAAAUUGCUGGAAAAAGCUAACUGAAAAUCUGGAAUCCUGGAUUUAGCAGACAGAAAAAUUAUAUUCCAUGGCAUUCGUGUCCAGUUUGAAGGUGUGAAUUGGAAAGAAGAGGAAUUCUGAGUAGAGCAGGAGAUAAACAGCUUUUGCAGCUCCAAGCAGCAGAGAAAGGAUCAGGUAAUUCGGAUUAUUUAGAUGAACGGCUGAUGUGUCUUCGGUGCUUGUAAUGACGCCUACAUCACUCUAGUCUGUAACAACCUAGCAUUUGCGCGUGAAGAAUAUCAGGCCAAAAGUUAUUCCUGUAUUGUAGAGAGUUCAAGUCUUGACAGUGCAGUGCUGGAAAAACAGCAGUGUCUGUUUUUUACUGACAUUGUACUGUCUGCACUAAGGGAGCUGUGACUAGGAACAGUGCUGUGUGUACAGGGACCUAGAGUGGAGAAGGAGAUGCUGGGAUCAGGUGUGAGAUGCUGUCGCGGUUUGCGAUGAGGUAGAUGUUAGCAAAGGACAGGCGAAUUUUUACUGCGUAGCAAAAUCUGCACCUGUAGCUCUGCUUCACUGCUGAGCUUCUCCUUGCAAAGGUCUGUGUCUCCUCUCUGGACUUGAAUAUUCAGGAUGUCACUGGGAUGGGGUAGCAUUUGCCUUGUCUGUAGGUUGAUGAAUAACCCCUCCCAUCCCAAGUGCAUGAUGAGUUUGGGGACCAAAGGGAAUAAUUUUAAAUACUCUGAAAGGCCACCUGGAUGUUAUGUGCAUUGGUUUAUCGUGCACCUUGAUGAAAAUAAGACAGAGAGGUUUCUCACUUCGCCCAGAUGAUUUUUCUGUAUUGACAGAGAGCAAUGUAGCGUGGAGAGCAUCUGCUUUUGGGAGCCUGGCUUGUGUUGGUGGCUAGCAUGCUAGAACAGCUCAGAAACACUCGGUAGAUUUGACUUAGCUGGACACGGCUUUUCCCUGUAGUCUAAAAUUCUCUGAGGUGCGGGUCACCUUCUGGUGCAAAGUCAGUCCUGGACCUGCUCUUAACAGUGGUGAGUUAGGAACUCGGGAGCGUGUUCUUGAGCUGCACUUCACACGUGUUUGUACAGGUGUGAUGAGUGAUGUGGAAGUGUACGGUAGUGUGAACCAGAAUGAUUUGGGAGAGUAGAAAUGCAGCAGGAAAGAAAGCUUGAGUUUGUGUGGUUUGGGUUUCUUGUUGUUUUGUUUUGGUUUUUUUUACUUAUUUAUUAGCUCAGAACAGAAUGUCCUUAAUCUUUGGUACUUGCCUCAGAAAAUCAGAUUCUAAAACAAUCCCAGGGUGACAGAGGGUGCCAAAGUCAGUAGGCAUUGCUCCAGAGCCAUAAGAGCAGAGCAGUCUUCUCAUUAAACAUGUUGGUUUUAGACUACGGUAUUUAGAUGUGUCUGAAAUACAUGUUGCAGUUCUCCCCUGAACGUUGCCCCGGGAGAAUUGUGUAACCAAAGGCACCACCCAGCCCCGAAGUGUGUGGGGUUUCAAAUGGACAGAACUCUUCUUUGGGAAAGCUAUAGCAUCGGUGCUGGCUUUGCAGUUUUGUGUACCUUGCUCCUGAAGCAGCUGGUGCUGGCCACUGUUGGAUGCAGGACGCUGGAAGAACACAGACCCUGGAUUGCUCCGACAACGCUCUUCCAAUGAAUUCACUUGCAGGAGAUCUAAGAGAAGAUUAUUUUAAGUUGCGAUCAUUAAUUGUCCCUAGGUAGAAACGAAAUGACCCUUACACUAUGGUUUUAGGAUAAAGCACCUGACUUUUAUAAAGCAAACAAACUUAAUUAUGUACCUUUUAAAACUAUUUUAAUUGGUAGAGAUACCUUUUUAAAUUAUUUAUGCUCCAACAUUUGCAAAGCUCUGAUUAGCUCCGUGCAAGUGUUCUGAUGUCUGUGACGUUUCCCACCCCUCUUUUAAUUUUCAGUUUGUCUUUUACUUUAUUGGUAAUAAAUGAUCUGAAAACCAUCCUGUAGGGAAGUCUCUUUUUUAUUCAAAACUUUUCAGUGUUUAUUACGUUAUUUACUUAGAAAUAAAUACAUAAUGUAUCCUGCCAGUCCCAGCUCGGCUCUUGUUUCUCAUAUAUCAUCUUGUUGCUGUUGUUUACGUAUUCCAGGA